UGGACAACGGUGCAAAAAUAAGCUCUAGCCGUAAACGAAAAGCAACGGUGACAGCAGUCCAUGUAACUUUAAAAGUGACAGCGGAGAGAGGUGAAUUUAAGUAGCCAGAAUUCCGCAUCCUUCGUCAGGCUGCGUCGGAGCGUCCCACCGGAGGAACUUAACGUUACACUGAGAUUUGUCACGCACAUUGUUGCGGUCCCGGUGUAAAAAGCAGCAGCAGGAGCAGCAUCAUUCCUUUGGACUUCGAGGAAAAGUCGGACGUUUUCUGAACUUGACGGGCGUGCGUUUGUUGUGUGAAGGACUCUUCUGGGACAUGUGACGAAAGUUCUCGCUGUCUUCGCAUGAAAGCUUAAACUUUAUUGCCUCCGGUUAGACGGAACUUCAAACACGGAGGUGAAGAAGGAUAUUUGAAAUCUCUGUUACUCAAAGGACGAUUUCUCUAAAACCACAUGUCAGCUUUAACGCGGUGAAGCAGGACGAGUCAGGUUGGUGGUCUUGAAUGCACGAGUCUCAAGUUUCUGCCGCCCUGGCCAGUGAUAUUAACGCGUGAAUUUGACCUGGGAUAAGUUGUCAACAAGAGGCAAACUGGCAUUUGUAUACGUACAUUUACAUGCAUGGGCAUAAGUAUAUCUCGCUGCACUAUAAAUAGAAGCUCGUGCUUAUGUAUUAAACACUGAGCACUCAUCUUCAGUCGUGUUCAUCAUAAUCCCAGCGAAACCCACGCGUGUCGCUUUGGCUGUUAGGGUUGGUGUCGUCGCAUGGACUGACAUGGCCACCGAUCUCGCCAUGAGCGCAGAUUUGCCCAACAGCCCCCUGGCCAUUGAAUAUGUCAACGACUUCGACCUCAUGAAGUUUGAAGUCAAGAAAGAGCCUCCGGAGGCCGACCGCUAUUGCCACCGCCUGCCCCCGGGCUCGCUAUCCUCCACCCCAAUCAGCACACCCUGCUCCUCAGUGCCGUCCUCGCCCAGUUUCUGUGCCCCCAGUCCCGGAUCGCAGCCUGGGCAGAACCUCGAAAAUUGCGUCGGCAACAACAACAGCGGCAACAACAACAACAACCAAGGCUCCUCGGGCAAGCCGCAGCUGGAAGAUCUCUACUGGAUUCCCAACUACCAGCAUCACAUCAGUCCAGAGGCCCUCAACCUGACGCCCGAGGACGCGGUGGAAGCGCUUAUCGGUAACGCGCACCACCACCACCAUCACCACCAGCCCUACGAGGGAUAUCGCGGUCAGCAGUACGUCGGAGAAGACCUCUCGACGGCCACGAACGGGCAUCACCACCCGGUGCACCACCACCAUCACCACCACGGCCACCACGCGCACCUCGAGGACCGCUUCUCGGACGAGCAGCUGGUGAGCAUGACGGUGCGCGAGCUCAACCGGCAACUGAGAGGCUUCGGCAAAGAAGAGGUGAUCCGUCUCAAGCAGAAACGGCGAACCCUGAAGAACCGCGGCUAUGCACAGUCGUGCCGCUACAAGCGCGUGCAGCAGCGCCACAUGCUCGAAAGCGAAAAGUGCACGCUUCAGAGCCAGGUGGAGCAACUCAAGCAAGACGUGGGGCGUCUGAUCAAAGAGAGGGACCUGUACAAGGAGAAGUACGAGAAGCUCGCGAGCCGAACCUUUAACGGCGGCGGAGGCAACGGAGGCGGCAACACUCGGGACCCGUCCAACGGCACUCACGGCAAAACCUCUUCCACGGAAUUCUUCAUGUGAGAGUGAUUCUUGUAAAAUACUUUUUCCGCACCAACGUAUUCGUUUUUUUUAAACCUUCAUUUUUAUGAUUUUCAGUGUCAAUUUUAUUUGCAGUUCUUAUCUUAAAUACUCGUAGAACAUACACUCUUGAAAAUAAAGGUCUGAUGCCAUAGGAUAAUCUUUUUACGUUCCACAAAUAAAUAUUUUAUUUUUAAGGACUCUAGAGAAACAUCUAUGUACUGGUGCUUUAACGAACCCAAAACCCAAUUAUGUAAAUCUAGGGAAUCCGUAAUGUAACAUCCAGCACUUUUUCUUUUCCAAAGAAUACCCACUUUUACCGCCAAAAUGGUUAUUGACAAGCAAGUCAAGUCCUUUGCCGAACUUAGUGCUGAAAGGAAACACUGAAGAACCUUUAUUUUUUAAGAGUGUAGCCUAACAUUACAGCGACAUAGGCGUCUUCACUCAUUAUUUGUGUACAUAUAUUACUGUACCAUAAAAGUCUUAAGGUUAGUGUAAUGUUAGGAUUAUCUUCCACAGAUACUGCACGGACCCUUCUACUUCAUAACACAUCCGCUCUAAAUAUGGGAUCACGCAUAACCUCCAAAGACCCAUCAGUUUUGGAUUCUGUAAAUUCGUGUUUUUUUGUUUGUUUGUUUUUUUUUAAGUUAUAUGCUAACUACAAAGUCCGACAUGUUUAAAGACAUACAGCCGCUUUCUUCAUCUUUUUUUUUUGGUCUUAAUGGCGAUGAGAACAUACUGGAAACGAAACCUCACUCUGUGAAGGGACUUUGUAAGGAACAAUGCUAAUAUUAAAACACUUAGAAGCAAGAAAGGGAGAUAGCAAUACAUCCUUGACUUUUCUCAGUCAUGAACUGAGGUUGAGGGGACUUAUGAACUUUGAGGGCCCUCAAGCAUUGCUCAAGUCUGCAUUACCCCACCAAUCCUGCAUGCGGGACAUGUAUGGUACUCCAAAACGCGCCAGGUCCUUACUCUCUCUUCCUCAUACAGCACUUGGAUGAAAAGCAUGGCCCUUAACCACUCUCUCUUCUCUUUUUUUUUUCGUUUCUUCUGCUCGAUACAAACCAUGUAGCCUAUGUGAAGGAACUCGUGCGUACCUGCGAAAUCACAUGCAAUCCGUUCUUGCAUUUCUUUUCUAUUGUUUAAAAGUACAGAAUAAGAACAAAGAAAAAAAACACCGAACUGAGCCAGAGUUAUUUAUUCCCACUUGUACAUAUGUAGAGGUCAAAUGGUGUGUUAAUUUAACUUUCUUUUUAAAAAGUCCUUUUUGCUUGAUUAUUUAAAACGUCUUAAUACGAU